AACUUCUGGAUUUCCCUCGUUUCACUCAUAACCUUGAAUAUCGUCGACAAUAAAUUGUUUAUUGUUUUUCACUGGAGCAAAAGGAGUUAGGGAGAAAGUUCAGGACCAGCUGGAGAGAUGAAGCUCGAGGUGUUUAUUAUUAUUUGUGUGUUAUUAUCAGUUAAUGGGGAGGAGAAAAAGGUGAAAUCAUGGAAGGAUAAGGAUAUCAUGGACAUGACAGAUGCUGAUAUGGAGCGAUUGCUGGAUCAGUGGGAGGAGGGUGAGGAACCCCUGGAGGACGACGAACUCCCUGAACACCUCCGACCAGCUCCAAAGAUCGAUUUGUCACAGAUUGAUCCGACGAAUCCUGAUAAUCUUCUGAGGGCCACGAAGCAAGGAAAAAAUGUGAUGAUGUUCGUCGACGUCAGGGAUGAGCUCUCAGACACCGAGGCUGACGGUAUAAUGAAAAUCUGGCAAGGAAGCCUCCAGAACAAUCACAUCGUAGCCGAGAGAUACCCUAUCGAGUCGAAACGCUCGAUAUUUAUGUUCCGUGAGGGUUCACAGGCGGUGGAUGCAAAGAAUUAUUUAAUAGAUCAACCAGAACUGAAACACGUCACCCUCGAGGGAAAUAAUUUCCCAGGAAAUCACAUAGACAAGGAAUACAAAAGUGGAACGAAGAAGACAAAAUCUGGAAAUACUGAAUUGUAAAUUAAAAAUCCUGACGUGGAAUUCAAAGGCUGUGCCAACAAUAUUCCAUUAAUAACUGAAUAAUUCAAUAAGUUUUGUUUCAACUGGUGGAAUAACUUCAUGGUUUGAGUGAUCAAUUCCAUAUUUUGGAUUACAAUGUUUUCUUUAAUUUUUUACCGGUCGUACAUGGAAUAAAUUAAGUGAAUGGCUCAAA